GUUUCAUACUCAUUACACAUUAGCAACAAUUAAGUCGUAAAUAGUUAGUUAGUUAGUUGUUUACAAUUGGAAAACAGUUUAAACUUAAUAAUCAAUAAGAUUAAAAAGUUUUUAAUUGUUUUAAAUUUACAAAAGUUUGUGUGUUCGUCGAUUGUUAAUUGUUGGCUAAUUGUGAUGACUUGGUUAACGUCAACCUCUUUACUAUUUGGAUUAAAUGUUAAUCCUAAUCUGUGCUUAUUUUUAACUGUAACUUUAAUUGUCGCUGCUAUUUAUAAAUUAACGUAUUGGCAUAGACUCGGAAUACCAAAUGACAUUUCAUCCCUAUGGAACCGUUGGACUAAACCAUUUCAUGAAUCAGAUACUCAGGCUUAUCGUAAAUAUGGCAGGAUUGUUGGUGGGUAUGAACUCUUUCAGCCUGUUCUCAUGUGUGGUGAUGCUGAAUUAGUUAAGGAAAUUCUGGUAAAGAAGUUUAACUCUUUCCCUAACCAUAGAUUUUUCCGUGGAAUCAAUUCAAUCGGUGGUAAAAGUAUCUUCGUUCUUGAACAUGAGCCUUGGAAGAGAGUUCGAUCUAUUUGUAGUCCAACUUUUACCACUUCAAAAUUGAAAGCGAUGCAAAAUCAGAUCACCGAAGCCGUUGAUACAUUAAUCAACAAUGUUAACGAUGCUUGUGAGAAUGGUCAGUCAAUCGAUGUGAAAACUUACCUUCUCUCAUUUACACUGGACACUUUCUCGUCCUGUGCUUUCGGUGUGAAAAUUGAUUCACUUCGAGAUCCAAACAAUCCUUUAGUUGCCAACUCGAAAAAACUUUUCAACACUAAUAUUCAAUGGUUAUCAUGGAUCGCCUUCCAGUGUCCAUCAUUAGCGCCCAUUGGAUCGUUAUUCAAAUUGAGUAUCUUUGACUAUUCGGCUCUCAUGUAUUUCGCUCAGUUAAUCAGUAGUCUCAUCUCUAAGAGACAAGAAUUGAAGGUUAACCGGAUUGACUUUGUCUCACUACUUCAGGAUGCAGAAAUCGCUGAUGAAGCCGAGCAAUUAACUAAACGAAAAUUAACAGACGAAGAGAUUGUUGAUCAAGCAUUAAUUUUCCUAAUUGCUGGUCAUGAUACAACGGCAACCACCCUGUCAAUGUUACUAUACACCUUAACCCAACACCCGGUUGUUCAACAGAAAUUAAUUGAUGAACUAUCAACAAUUAGCGAUGAAGAUACAAAUGAUUGGGAAAUUGUUAAAUCAUUGCCUUACCUUGAUGCAGUUGUAUCGGAAAUCCUUCGGUUCUGUCCCCCUGUUCCCAGGGUGGAAAGACGUACCACCGAACCCUGUGAAUUGGGUGGUGUUAAACUUGGGGCAGGCCAAUUGAUAACCAUUCCCGUUCACGCGAUGCACCAUGAUCCAGCCUACUUUCCCGACCCUGAACAAUUUAAACCUGAAAGAUGGUUACCCGAGAAUCGGGACUCAAUCAAUUUAUCCGCUUACCUGCCGUUCGCCUAUGGGCCAAGAAGUUGCAUCGGCAUCAGAUUUGCUUACAUGGAGAUUAAAUUUUGCCUAAUUAAAUUAUUACGAUCAUUUCGAUUCGUCCAAAGCCAUCAAACAAAGGAUCAACUUGAUUAUUAUCGAGGUCAAUUGGUGACCACUGCCAAGGAGAUUAUACUUAAACCAGUUAAAUUAACUAACAAUUAACACGAAAUGAUGACAAUCAAAAGCAAGAAUUGGUUAUUACCUGAUUUUUUACCUGACAUACUCAAAAGAGUCACAAGAGAAACAAUUUAAAAACUGGAAACACAAUUACAAUUAAAAAGAAGCCAUUGACAAUUAAUUUUACUUUAUAACGCAAUUUAUUUUAAUUAAAUGUACAAGUAAAGCAUUAUCGUUAAUUAUAUAUAUAUAAUAAUUGUAAUUAAAUAAGUUUUUUGUUUUUAUCGAUAA